UCCCCGCUUCCCUUCAUCAGCCUUCACAACAUCAAUUAUUGAUUUUUAUUUACUCCUGUUACAGAAUCUAAACACAACCCAUUUGGCGGCUGAAACGCUCACCAUACCCUCUCAAUUAUGGCCAAUUUGGGUUCGAGCAGCCAGGCAGUGACGGAAUACACAGUCCGUGUUCCCAAAAACAACACCAAGAAGCAUAACAUCAUGGCCUUCAAUGCUGCCGAUAAGAUCAACUUCUCUACGUGGACUCAGGCCAAAAUGGAGCGUGACCUGAGCAACAAGAAGAUUUAUCAGGAGGAGGAGCAGCCCAUGUUUGGUGCGGGCAGUGAGUUUGGCAAAAAGUUGCGAGAGGAGUCAAGAAAGAAGAAGUUUGGGAUUGUUACCCGUGAGUUUAAACCAGAGGACCAGCCCUGGCUGCUGAGAGUAAAUGGGAAAUCGGGUCGGAAGUUCAAAGGUCAGAGGAAAGGUGGUGUCACAGAAAAUGCUUCCUACUACAUCUUCACGCAGUGCCCUGAUGGAGCAUUUGAAGCAUUUCCUGUUAAUGCCUGGUACAAUUUUAUCCCAGUCGCAAAACACAAGACUCUGACAGCAGAGGAGGCUGAGGAGGAGUGGGGAAGACGCAACAAAGUGGUGAACCAUUUCAGUAUCAUGCUGCAGAAAAGGUUAAAGGAUCAGGACCGGGAUGAUGGUGAGGAGGAGGAAGAGAAGGUAAAGAAAGGGAAGGAGAGAAAGCGAAAAGGAAAUGAUCUCCGAAUCCAUGACCUGGAAGAUGAUCUGGAAGUGAGCUCUGACGAGAACGAUGAGGACAGUGACGAAGACAGAGACACUAAAAAAGAUCCAAAAGUUGCGAAGAAAGGGCAGGCUGGAGCGAAGAGAAAGAAGAGAAAGGGUUCCGAUGAUGAGGCUGUUGAGGACAGUGACGAUGGAGACUUCGAAGGGCAGGAAGUAGAUUAUAUUUCUGAUGAUGAAUCGAGUGAUAAUAAUGAAGACGAACUGGAGAAGGGGAAAACCGAUAAAGGGGAAGAUGGGCCGAAAGGUGUUGAUGAGACUGCUGGGUCUGAGAGCAGUGAGGAGAGUGAAGAGGAAAAACAAAAUGAAGAGAAAGAUGAGGAAGAUGAUGACAAGAAAUCUACAGCCCCUGAGAAGAGGGAAAAGAAGAAAAAAGAAGACAGCAGCGACGAGUCAGAAUCCUCGGACGAGAGUGACAUUGAGUCUGAAGCUGCAUCUGCACUUUUCAUGUCGAAAAAGAAAACGCCCCCAAAGAAAGAUUGGAAAGGAUCAAACAACAGUUCCCGUGCGAACAGCCGCCCAGGAACACCCACGCCGCAGAUCAGUACCUCUUCCACACUGAAGGCAGCUGCCAACAAACUGGAACAAGGGAAACGGCAGGCUAACUCUGCAGAAAUUCCAGUGGCCAAGCGGCUGAGGAUGGACACGGUGACACAGUCUGCCUCUGGCAAAUCCACUCCGCAACCCCAGUCCGGCAAAUCCACCCCAAGUAGUGGCGAUAUCCAGCUGACAGAGGAUGCAGUUCGACGGUAUCUCACCCGAAAACCCAUGACUACCAAGGACCUGCUGAAGAAGUUUCAAACCAAGAAGACAGGCCUCAGCAGUGAGCAGACAGUCAAUGUUCUAGCACAGAUCCUGAAAAAACUCAAUCCUGAGCGGAAGAUGAUUAAUGAGAAGAUGCACUUUUUCCUGAAAGAAGGGAACUGAUGGCUGACCCUGGCUGUGUAUGUAUGUAGCUUUUGAUUUUGCUCCUGUGUAUAAGGGGCUGAGCUCCUGCUGGCAUUUUGUACAAUAUGGUGACUGUUGUGGUCUGCACUCAGCAUUGUCCUUUCUUCCCUCUGAGCCUGGGCUUUCAAUUCAACCCUAACUGAAGGGAUGAGGGAAUGAGGAUUUUUUUUAUGAAGUAUAAUCGAGGCAGGUUUAACCCACAGCACAAACCAGCCACAAACUGGAUCAAGGUUGGUCUCAGUCUAGAGGGUGUCUUUGAUUCAGCAGGUAUUCCUGUUGGGUUGUGCCUGUUGUUGGAACAUUUCCGCAAGAUCCAACCCAUUCAGGACCUACUUUAGAAACUCCCUCCCCUCAAACAGGCACCUAUCUCCAGCAGCUUCACAUUACACAUAUGAGUAGGCUGGCUGACAAGACAUAACCAGCAGAGAGGCUCCUGGGUAGAAUGUGACUGUACAGUUCAUACAGCAGUACAGGAGUACGAUGUCUUGUGUAACAGGGAGACCGUGUGGAAUAGUUACUAAGCCUUUAAAUACAGAACUUUUCACCUUCUGACAACCUUAAAGCAACAGUCACGGCCAAAAGAGGGAUUGGGGUGUGGGAUGUUCUAGAAAAGUAUCUACAUGGGAGAAGAAAAGGGACACAUCAACUCCAGUAGAUUACUGCAGAGCAGAUCUGACUGGUUUGUGGGGAAGAGGAUUGUUGGAGAUUUGGUUUAGGGUAAGGUGGGAGUUAGUGCAAGAACAAAAUGAGCAAGAUUUUUCCUAUUGCUGGGACUGGCGAGCUGCGUAAAGCUAACAGUGUAAGUGAAGUGGAAUAUGUGAUAGGCCGCAAUGUUCCCCAGGGUUGGUUUUAUCAGUGUUAAACUUGUUCAGUAUCUGUAUUCAUUGUGUAAUGAAAUCACAUGUAUUGGUUCAGUCUCAAUAUCUUUUCCAAUAAAAUGGUCAACAGUUUUCAUCCAAA